AUGUCAUCGAGUCCUGUUUGGAAAAUGCGAGUUAAGUAUGAGCCUGUGUCUGGGAACGCCGAUGAAUUAAUUACCGAAAAAGGAAAUCGUCAAAGUUCAAGCUUAAGUGAUGAUACAUCCAUUUCAUCAGCCACAGCUCUGACAGAUUAUGAACCAAUUUUAGCAAAGAACCAAGCAAGACGUGCAGCUAACAACAAUUUUGAAGACAAUGUCCCCACUAGUGGACCACAGAGAAAGCUCAAGAAAAUAUCCCGAGGUGUUUUUGGCAAUACUCGAAUUACUAUAAAUAUCUCCGGAUCAAGGUUUGAAACCUUCGAAAGCACGCUCGCAAGAGUUCCUGAUUCAUUGUUGGGAACGCCAUCAAAAAGAGCGCCGUAUUAUGACUCGACAAAGAACGAAUUUUACUUCAGCACGGACCGUGAUGUAUUUGACAGUAUCUUAUUCUACUACCAAUCUGGCGGAAAUACCGGUGGGAUUCUUGUGAAACCGGAUGGGAUACCAGACGGAAAAUUUCUCGAGGAGGUCAAGUUUUUUAAAUUGGGAGAGGACGCCGAAAGAAAACUGGGAUACAACGUGAAAAGUAGAGACAUUUCAAUGGAAUCAUUGCCCAGUAGAGAGUGUUCUUCAAAGAUAAGACAGCUCUUCAAUUCAAGCAAGACGAACAAAGCAUCCCCUUUGCGUAAAGUUGUAGACAUUUGGACCAUAUUCAUAACAAUCUUUUUCAUCACUUUACUUUGUGGCAAAACAGAAUACUCUCUCAGGGAAGCUUUUGUUUUGGACCAAUGUUGUGACCAGAACAAAACAGACACUUUAUUCCGGCGACGUGAAAUCAAACUUUUCUGGUCGUUCAGCGAAAAAUUUUGCAUUUCGUGGUUUACGCUGGAGUACGCUCUUCGAGCAUUCAGUGCAACAAGUAGGGUGGCUUACUUAAUUUCAGCUCAAGGUAUUUUUGAUAUGUUAUCUUUCUUCCCUCACCUAAUGAUGCUCAUAAUCCAAGCUUUAGCGUCAGAAACCUCAACAAUUCCUUUGCAACGCGUGCUUCUGUUCCUCACGUUCUUUUCACUUUUCAAGCUGACUCGCUACUCGUUAGGCUUACAAGUGUUCUUGAAAACAAUUCAGACAAGCCUUAAAGAACUGAUGCUGUUGUUAGUUUGCGUGGCAAUCAGCCUGGUACUGUUUUCAUCGGUGAUAUAUUACUGUGAAAGUACUGUCCCAGCUACUAAUUUCACAAGUAUCCCCGCCACAUUUUGGUUCACCAUCGUUACCAUGACUACGGUGGGAUACGGUGACAUAACGCCAGUCACAGUGGCGGGAAAAGUUUUCAGUGCGCUAUGUGCAGUAUUCGGAGUUUGUUGUGUCCUGGCGAUACCAUCUACAGUCAUUGUCACAAAUUUCAACUUCUUUUAUCUGAAACACAAGGAAAUUGCAAAGCCAAAGAAACAGAAACGGCCGAAGAGUAGGAUGACCGCUCUGCAAAAAUGGGUGACCCGGUUUCGAAGCGUAUCAAUGUAA